AUGGAGACAGCUGAGCUGGCGAGAGAGGUUGUCGCAGCCAACGGCAACAAACACGCCAUUGCCAUCGAUGGCAAAACCUACACCAUACCAUUGAUCCUGGAGGAUGGAACGAUAGAGGUGAGGCUGCUAGAGCUUCCCUCUUACAUUACACAUGAUGAAAUCAAAGAUGAAAUGGCCAAAUUCGGCGAAAUUUCAUCAAUUCACGAUGAGAAAUAUGGAGCAGAAACGCGGGUUCCAGGUGUGCUGACGGGCGUUCGGACGGUUAGGCUAAUACCGUUCAAUGCCAAAAUGAAGCUGGGACCGACGCUGGUCAUUGCUGGUGAACGCACACCAAUAAAAUACCCCGGGCAAGAGGCGUACUGCAAGUACUGCCUGGUACCAGAGCAUUUGGGUAGGACAUGUGCGCAGACGAAGCGUGAGUCUUACGCUGAUAUGGCGAAGCGUACGCCCGCACCUACACCAUCGCAACACACAGCACCGAGAACCACGGUACCCAAAACCAAUCCGAAACAACAACAAAAGGGCAAAAAAUCGAACGGGUCCCGGCCUGUACACACAUCAAUUGCCCAAUUGCGCCUGGACCUGGCUAGGAUGAAUAACCUGCCGCAGGCCAAAGAAGAUGUGAGACAAUGGGCACCGCUUCAAAGCGUAAGCAAGUGUGCCCAAACGCCGGCGCCAUCGCAGACGACACCAUCAAAAGAGACUACGACACCGCCAUCGCCGGGCCCCAGCACUUCGAUGACUCGACAGGUGAUGGAGAUAGAGCCAGACAAACCGACAAGUGCCGACAAACCGCUGGCCAAAACAGCUACAAAUGGGGAAGCCUGUGACGAGGCGGAGACGGACUACAAGAUUCUGUCGAGAAUUCUGAAGCUGCGCAUCGAGGGUAUCCUUGAGGCGACGCCGACGAUUUCGAGGGCACAAAAAUGCUGCAACAAACCUCAGAACAUUUUCCAGGCUGUACUCUCUGUGAAGGAGAGAAUAGUCGAUCUGAAGAGGAGGAAAAUUCGUGGUAAACUGAUCGUCUGUGCUACAAGCCCGGCGUUUCUGUGUGUGGGUGCAUUUUGCAUUUAUUGGACGUCGGUGGUGAUGUACCCGCCUCCCUCACUGUACUCCUGCACCGCCCGGAUAUGGUUGCGGGAGAUUGGUUUCUCCUUAACGUACGGUGCACUGAUGUUAAAAACGUGGCGGAUAUCGGUCAUUUUUCGCGUCCGUUCCGCGAAGGCAGUCAAGAUAACGGACGCGUAUCUGCUGAAGCGGCUCGGAGUGCUCUGCGGUUUCGUCGGAAUAGCGCUGCUCGUUCGCACGCUGGUCGCGCCCCCGGUCGUGAUUGUUGGCCGGACUGCGGACAACCUGAAGGCUUUCCUGUGCAAAACGGAUUGGUGGGAUCAUACCUUCACCUCGAUGGAAGUCCUGUUCCUGGCAUGGGGCGUCCGGUUGUGCAUCAUGGUGCGGAAGGCACCGUCCGAGUUCAACGAAAGCCGCUUCAUAUCGAUGGCGAUCUACAACGAGUUUCUUCUGACGUGCUUCCUCAACGUGUCAAUGUUGUUCCUGCAAUCACCGGCUAAUCCCGAUUUAUUGUACAUCAUAUUUUUCUGCCACACGCAGCUUACGGUCACACUACUGUUGGGUUUGAUUUUUGGCAGCAAGGUCUACCUGGUGUUCCGUGGAGGUGGCAAGCAUCAGGACGAUCAGACCGGGCUGGGCAUCAAGCCAUCUGGUGCUAAAUUUAUUAGCCGCUCGCACGAGCGAACAUUUGCCAACGCCAGCAGCGUCACGACGUCUACCGCCCAGCUCGGAGGCAACAUGGCCAACGAAGGUCGCCUGACGGAGACGGAAGCGCUGGAAGAACUGAAGCUCCUCUACACUCAGCUCCAGCGACUGUACGAACGUAUACCACAGCGUGGCGCCGCCAUCCUGACCGUUUCGAGCCUCAUAGAAGCCUGCCGUAGCACUUCACUCCGGCCCCCGCCGGCCAUCGGUGCCCCAAGUCCACUGAAAGCCAUCCAGACCGACGGUGGACCGACGGUGGGCGCCGCAAACUCCGCAUCACCCUCAGCUGCUUCCGCUGUGGUCCGACUGGACAAGAGCACCAACACCAACACUAUCGCGACCAUUCCAAAUGGCCAAAUUGAAGCUGGUGGUGGUGGAGGUGGUGGGUUAACCAUAACCACACCCGUCGCAACCGGUGGUCCGAACGGGAUGCUGCCUUCGCCCACGCGCAUUACCAUCACGGACGACACGUCGGACGAUGGGAGUGGGCGGCAGGAGGAGGGCGAGCGACGCCAGACGCAACGAGAGGCCCGAUCGAUCGAUGGCAGCGACUUCCGGCUGGACCAUCAGCAGCUCCAGUGUAUGUGCAGUGACGGCGGGGAAGCUCUCUACGAUGGGGACGUGGCCGAGGGUCGUCGUUGCACCUGCUGCUGCACCUGCUGCGCCUCGAACCGGUCCUCCGGAAACCAUCGACAGCAGCAGAAGCAGCAGCAUCGGCGCAAUGAUAGUGUGAUAAAUUAUUCCAACAGUGCAGUCCAGCUGGCCAAUGCUGGCAGUACGGUUAAUUGUAAUUGUAAGAUAAGUGCAGUGAGCGACCGUUCCGGUUCCGGAUCCGGGACGGCGGGCCAGUCGGUGCCAUUGCGAACCGCCAAACAGCACAACUCGGAGCUGGUGCUGAACUGUCAGUUCGCCGGUGUGGGGAAUGUUGCACCGACCCGUUACGACCACCAGAACCAGCAGCAGAAGCAGCAUCAGCAUCCACCGCAGCAUCAGCGUGCCUCCAGCACCAGCGAGUACUGUGAGUUCAGUACAAAAGCUUUCGAAUCUUGUGAUAAUCUGCUACAUCAGCAUCAACACAACCUCCACCACAACCACCACCAGCAGCAGCAGGCGCCACACCAGACACACCCGACCCAGCAGCAGCAGCAGCAGCGCCAACGACAAACUUCCAGUUCCGGUGAUAGUUUAGAUAAUCAUGCGUCCUACGUGUCGGGACGGGGUGGUGGAGCGCGCAGUGCGGAGGGGACACUCGCUCAACUGUCACCAUCGCCGGCCACAGCCACGGGACAGGCGACGGUGGAGGACGAGAGAGCGGCCGCCGAGGCGACACGGUUGGUGAAUCUAGAAAAGUUUAACAAAUUGUAUGCCAACAAUAGCAGUAGGAUAGAUAGUCUCAAGGAGCACUUUCUCAUGCGAAACGCACUCACGACGGCCCUGCAGAACCUGGAGAACGAGAACCGGUCGCGGGGCGUGCCGCGUGGUCGGCUGAGGGAACCGAGCGGUGAAGCACCAGAACCGGAAUCCCGUGUUUCCGGUGCACCGGUGGAGCUGAGUGCCUCGAAGGUGGACGGGUCGGAAACCGGCGGGACGGGAGUUGACCGACAACUGUCAACUCCGUCGGCGGAGGGGUCCGCGGGUGUCAAGCGAAUGGAGGAUGGAGGGAACAGAGCUGUCAACGCCAACAGUAGCACCACCAGCAACAACAGCUCUAGUAGUAGUAGUAGUAGUACCGGUGGCGGAAGCACUACCAACUCACCAGGAACGUCAACGGCCGGUGAAGGAGGCGGUGGCUGUGGGGGCAACAACACGGAAGCACCCAGUUCCGGUGGAGGGAAGAAGAAAAAAUCUCCCGAAAAACGGUUAGUCAUCGAUCUGAACGAUCGCUCCAAAUACACCGAAGAGGUGUCGGUAUGA